AUGGGUCUCAAGAACGACAAGUUCCCUUCCUCGGCCGCCUUCGACGCCAUCAACUCGGUCCUGACCUCCAGCGAGGCCGACAAGAAGGACGCUAUCAAGCAGGGCAAUGCCAUCUUCGCCUUUACGCUGAAGAACAAGGCCGGCGAGACAGAGAGCUGGCACAUCGACCUGAAGGAGAAGGGCCAAGUCGGCACUGGUCUCGGAGCCAAGCCAACAGUCACCCUCUCGCUGUCGGACGAGGACUUUGGCAAGCUGGUCGCUGGCCAGGCCAACGCACAGAGACUGUUCAUGUCAGGCAAGCUCAAGAUCAAGGGCGACGUGAUGAAGGCCACCAAGAUGGAGCCGAUCCUGAAGAAGGCGCAGACCAAGGCCAAGUUGUAG